GUUUCCGAGGACGAGGAGCCGACACAGAGAUUAAACAUUUGACAGUCGUUGUGGCUCUUUAUCUAUGUAGGUUAGAUGAUAGUGAUACAUACACUCCAUGUCCAUGGGUAGAGUUAAACUAAUGGCCAGUUAAAGAGGAGACAAGGUGACAACGAUUUGUUAUCAGUUAGUGAAGGCCUUCAGGAGUGCAGAAUGUUACAGCGAUUCCUUCUACCAAGGUCUUGGAUUUUUACAAAGAACAAUGCUUUGCUGUAUGUAAAGCCACCUAGCAGUGAGUUGUCUGUACUGAAGAAGACCACCCAAAGACAGAUUUUGGAAAUUAAAAAUAUUUUCUUUAUAAAAAAGGAAGUGCCAUUUAGUUUGAAAACCGUGUCACAAAAAUGUGUGAAAAAUAGUGUUAAGAAAGGAUAUUCUUAUGUUGGAUAUAGAAGACAAGUAUCAGUGUUGCAUUCACAGAGGGUAGCUUUUUACAAUAGCUGUCAGUAUUUCACAUAUAAAGAUGUGAUUAGGACUUUGCAGAGAACUUUUCGUUGCUUCUUUGUGAAACCUAACCAUUUGGUGAGAGUAGCAUUAGGAUCAGGUCUUUUUAUGCCAGCAAUAUUCUUCAGGGAAAGUCCACAGGCCGAAGUGAAGACUUUGCCAAUAGAAAUUCCUAAAGAAACCAAAGAGUCAAAAAACAAGCCGGCGCAUGUGCAGUUUUUUGCCAAAGUUUAUGAAUUUGUACGAUUAUUUCUCCGAGGAUUCCGACUGUUGAUUACUUUCGUUCCAAUAAUGACUUUAUACCCAGUCACUUAUUUGGGAGAGACGCCCACAGAACUGUGGUGGGGACUUUUGUUGAGAGCUAUAGAAAUUUCUGGUCCCAUUAUGAUUAAAUUUGGACAGUGGAUGUCAACUCGCCAUGACUUGCUCCCCGACAGCUGUUGUCGUCAGUUUUCCCGCCUUCAAAGACGUAUCCAGCCACACUCCUGGGACUUCACAAAAUACCGAAUGAGAAAAGCCUUUGGGCCCAACUGGAGAAAAGUGUUUGUCAAGUUUGACAAUGACAGAAAGCCUAUCGGUUCUGGAUGUGUUGCACAGGUUUAUAAGGUUUGGAUGUCCAAGGAUGCCAUCCCAGAUCAGGAUCUGCUUGAUGAAAUGAUUUCUGAUUUAGAAGAGGAAAACGAUAGUUUUGAAGGAGUUCACAUUCAAGGAUUUGGAAGUCUAUUGGGCUUCGAUGCUGACGAAGAUAAAGCUGAUAAGGAAGCUAUUGAGGAUUGGAAACAACGCAUGAAAAAGCAAAAAACAGAAAAUGAAUCACAUUCAGUGAAGGAGGCAGGCAAGUAUUGGUUAUUCACUGCUGACUUAGGCUUCUCUCACUGGAUUCCAACUUUAGGUUGCAGUUUGCAUAGUGAAGUGCUUAUUCAGUGCGUCUUAUAUGCUGUCAAAUACGGUUACACAGGGCCAUUUGCAAUUUGCAAAUUAUUCAUAAAUUCACAAAACCUUAUUCAAAAUUAUAGUUUCCUAAAUUUAUUUUUUUUGUUUUUUUCAGAAAGAGAAUCAUCUAGCAUUUUAGAAUUAAAUAUGUCAGCAGUUACAGAGUCGGUAGCAACUGGAAUUGUUAGUGGUGAAGGAUUUCAGUCUCUAAAUUUAGGUACUGAGGAAAGUGAAAAUAAUACCAGUACAAAUGUGGAUGAAGAAGAACAUUGUUUAGUAGAGGUUUGGAAUGAUGCUGACCAUGAUAAGUCAUUACCUGUCGAAGAAACCCCUCCAAAUGAUUUAGAGGGUCUUAUACCUGUUGCUGUAAAAGUCCUUCAUCCAUCAAUGCAAACUUAUUUUAGGAGAGAUUUGAAAAUUUUAAGAGCUUGUGCUUCCUUCCUGACCUUCGUAUACCCACCAAUACGAUGGCUUUCUUUACCUCAAUGUGUAGAUGAAUUUGCACAUGUCAUAUCUGGUCAGGUUAAUCUUAAAAAGGAAGCUGAGAAUAUGGAACUUUUCUCUGAAAAUUUUGCAGAAAUUACUGCCAUAAAAUUUCCCAGACCUCUGCGACCUUAUGUUACACAAAAAGUACUUGUGGAAACAUUCGAAGAAGGUGAGGGGAUGAGCGAGUUUAUAGGUACCUCUGGUGAAGAUAAGCCCAAUGACUUAAGGAUUCGUUUGGCUGAGAUAGGUGUUGAUGCUCUUUUAAAAAUGAUAUUUGUAGAUAAUCUUGUUCAUGGAGAUAUGCAUCCUGGAAAUAUGUUGAUUCAGAACAUCAAUAUCACAGAAAAUGGCAGCGAGGAAAAAUCUACUGGAGAUGUAACUAGAGUAAUGAUGGUGGAUGUUGGAUGUGAUACUUUUGUAAUGGAUGUUCAACCUGAUCCCAAUCCUCUACGGUUAUGUCUUCUUGACUGUGGUGUAGUGGCUAAGUUGAGGGAGAAGGAUCUUGAAAAUUUCAAAGCUGUCUUCAAGCAAGUUGUGUUGGGAGAUGGUGUUCAGGUGGCUGACUUAUUCCUGGAAAACAGUCACCACAGUUGUAAGGAUCCAGAGUCCUUUAAGAACGAGAUGGCUGAACUUGUUGAAACUGCUAGACAUAAUGCCAUAUCCUUGGCCCAGGUUGAUGUUGGAAUAUUACUGCAACAGGUUCUGGGAACCUUACUUAAACAUCAGGUACGACUGGAGUCUGCAUUUAGUGCUGUAGUGCUUGCUGUUUUUGUUCUUGAAGGUCUAGGGAGAACAUUAGACCCUAACAUGGACAUAUUAGAAAGAGCCCGACCUAUUCUUGUUACAUGAUUGUUUUAUUAGAGAGGAUUGUGUUCAGUGUUUCUUUACAUAAUGAUGUAUUGGUGAGUGAUUUUAUGGCUGUUUUGUUUGUUUUCAUAAUACCAAUAAUUUUGCCUAAGAAAUCCCUGAUAACUUAUAAUGGCACCCAUUUUUUUUAGCCAAUUUGAUGCUGUAAUAUACGUACAGUAGUUGAGUUUUCAGUGUUGGUCAUAUUACAAUGUUUUAAAAAAUUUGACCAGUUUUACAUCAAUUGGAAAUUUAACUUAAGAUAACAGCAUGAAAAUAUUUGACAUUUCGAAAUCUACUAGUUGCCAAGAAUUCUAGUUAAAGGUGGUAUAUAAUGCAGUCUCUUGAUGACAUGUCUUCUCUGUUCUUAAAUAUCUUGCUGAGGAGGUUAAAGGAUAUUUUUAUCUUUGGCCGAAUAAUUUUAAAACCAUUAAAACCAUAUAAAAAG